AUGGCAGCUUUCAGCCAAAAUGGAUGGAACUCUUUGGCAACCACCUGCCGGCUCUACGACGAAUGGCAAGAGAUCAUCCAGGAGGAAACCGCGCGCUUCCACGACCAGAUGGCACAGAAAUUGCCGCAGAUCCACUGCCUUGAGGCAAUCCGUGCCGGGGCUAACAUUUCAGGUUACCUCCAGAAGAUGAGGGAGAUCAAUGACCGCCAUGAAGCGCUGCUCAAGCGGGACUUGUGUGAAGAAGUUACCCACAACGUCGUUGAGAGUAUGAAGAAGCCGUUCGAAGAGUCCAAACAGAUUAAGGGCAAAGGCUCCUUCGCAAAGAUGAAAGAGCACAUUGACCGCUCCGUGCAGACCAUCAAGUGGGAACAUGUCACCGAGGGCUUGAUAAGCUAUGAGCCGCUGUGGCGCGACUUGGACCAGGAGGCGCUGGACACCUGGAAUUCCUUGAAGGCUGCUGUGUUGCCUGUGACAAGAGAAGUCAAAAGCAAGGCCGAACUGCUGAAGCAAAAGGUGGAGCAGCGGGAGCUUUGCUGCGCCGAAGUUGGCCAAGAUGAGGCGCUCUCUGAGGCACAUGAUGAAGUGCUCACUGAUGCACAGGAUGCCGAUGACACCCAGUCAGCAGAAAGUAAGGAAGGAAGCGAAUCUGAGUCAGCAGAGGAAGACAUGGACGUCAGUGAGGCUGAGAAUCUUGAUGACCCAGUUGUUGACAACGAUGUGCUUGAAAGCAAGGAAGUGAUGCCAGAAGAGGAGGAAGCGA